AUAGGGCUGAGGGGAGGUGACGUCAGGUGGGCGGCGUCUGGCUGUGUGAUGGCCGCAGCAGAGGUGUCAGGAUCAGGGAGAGUGUGAGGAGGAGAACGGCGACAGGAGGGAGGCCAGCCAGACGGCCCGGGCAGGGAGGCCGCGUACGGGACAUCCACCCGGCCUGACCUGUAGCCUGACAUGGCCACAGCCUCACCUCAGCAGGCUAAUAGAAACAGUCAUGAAGGUUUACAGCUGCACGUGACAGUGUCUUGUGCCAAACUGAAGAGAAAGAAGAAUUGGUUUGGAACAACAGUGUAUACAGAACUGGCUGUUGAGGGGGAAACAAAGAAGACUGCAAAAGCAAGCAGCUCCAGCAAUCCUAAAUGGGAGGAACAGUUAACUGUGAACGUAACCCCACAAACUACACUUGAAUUUAAGGUAUGGAGCCACCAUACUUUGAAAGCUGAUGCAUUGCUUGGCAAAACCAUUGUUGACCUGAAGCAAGCCUUGGAAACACACAAUAGAAAAUUGGAAAGAGUUGAAGAGCAAUUAAAAUUGUCAUUGGAUGGCAAACACGGCACCGUCCAAACUGGCGAGCUGACAGUAAUUUUGGAUGGUUUGAUUGUAGAACCAGAGUCCUUCACAACUGCCCCAGUACCCAUACAAAUACAGCAGAACGGUGAUGCAAUCCGUGAGAAUGGAGGGGAGACGGCUACGGAAGCCAGAACAGGAUCUACUGGUGACGUUCCCAACGGGGCAGCUAAUGAAACAACAUCUAGUUACGCGGAUCAGAAUGCCUUUAAUGCACAAAUAGCAAAUGGAGACGAUGCUCUCUCCCCUUCUCACGUUGCAGGCAGACCCAAAAAUACACCAGCACCAAAUCCGCUUACUGCACAGGCUGGCACUAGAACUGUUAAUGGCACAAGUGCUGAAUCAGAAGCCAAUAGCAUGAUGUCUUGCGAUGAAGCUGUAACGGCUCCUGCAGGAUCCCUCAUAUCAGAUUGCAUGGACUCUUCUAGUGACAUAACAGACGUACCAGCACUUUCCACACCUACAGCCAUUACUGCGUCUGAACCUGCAAGGGCUACGGACUCUAUAUCAUCACCUGCUCCUGACUGCGCAAGUCCUGAAUACGUGAAACCCAGGCAAUCGUCUGUUAAUGCCUCAGUGGAUCCUGUGAGACCGCAGUCCAUCAACACUGCAGAGCCUUUACCACCUGGAUGGGAACAGAGGAAGGAUCCUCAUGGUAGGACCUAUUACGUUGAUCACAACACAAGGACUACAACAUGGGAACGGCCACAGCCUUUACCACCUGGUUGGGAAAGAAGGGUUGACGACCGUGGAAGAGUUUACUAUGUUGACCAUAACACCAGAACCACGACAUGGCAGAGGCCUACCAUGGAGUCUGUCCGAAAUUUUGAGCAGUGGCAGUCGCAACGUAAUCAACUCCAGGGAGCUAUGCAGCAGUUCAACCAGCGAUACCUCUAUUCGGCAUCAAUGUUAUCAGCAGAGAAUGAUCCACUGGGACCUCUGCCACCAGGUUGGGAAAGAAGAGUGGACUCUACGGAUCGAGUGUAUUUUGUGAAUCAUAAUACAAAAACAACUCAGUGGGAAGAUCCUCGAACUCAAGGUUUACAAAAUGAGGACCCUUUACCAGAGGGCUGGGAAAUCCGGUACACAAGAGAGGGAGUAAAGUACUUUGUAGAUCACAACACAAAGACCACUACUUUCAAUGACCCCCGGACUGGAAAGUCGUCAGUGACAAAAGGGCCGCAGAUUGCCUAUGAACGCAGUUUUCGAUGGAAGCUUGCUCAUUUCCGCUAUUUGUGUCAGUCUAACGCAUUGCCAAGCCAUGUGAAGAUAACGGUGUCCCGGCAGACACUAUUUGAAGACUCAUUUCAACAGAUUAUGGCGUUGAAGCCUUAUGAUUUAAGAAGACGAUUAUAUGUUAUGUUCAGAGGGGAAGAAGGUUUAGAUUAUGGCGGAUUGGCCAGAGAAUGGUUUUUCCUGCUUUCCCAUGAAGUGCUAAAUCCGAUGUAUUGUUUGUUUGAAUAUGCUGGUAAAAGCAAUUACUGUCUGCAGAUCAACCCUGCCUCCACUAUUAAUCCCGAUCACCUGUCCUACUUCUGCUUCAUAGGGCGCUUUAUUGCAAUGGCUUUGUUCCAUGGAAAGUUCAUCGACACAGGUUUCUCUCUGCCGUUCUACAAGCGAAUGUUAAGCAAAAAACUUACCAUUAAAGACUUGGAGUCUAUUGAUCCUGAAUUCUAUAACUCUCUUAUAUGGAUUAGGGACAAUAACAUUGAAGAAUGUAACUUGGAGAUGUACUUUUCUGUGGACAUGGAGAUACUAGGAAAAGUCACAUCCCAUGACCUCAAACCGGAAGGAGCCAACAUCCUUGUGACUGAAGAGAACAAGGAAGAAUACAUUGGUCUGAUGGCCGAAUGGAGAUUUUCCCGAGGGGUGGAAGAACAAACCAAAGCAUUUCUCGAUGGCUUUAAUGCAGUUGUUCCUCUGCAGUGGCUGCAGUAUUUUGAUGAAAAAGAGUUAGAGGUAAUGCUGUGCGGUAUGCAAGAAGUGGACUUAUCAGACUGGCAGCGGAACACUGUCUAUCGCCAUUAUACACGAAACAGCAAGCAGAUCAUUUGGUUCUGGCAGUUUGUGAAGGAGAUGGAUAACGAAGUCCGAUUGCGGUUGAUGCAAUUCGUCACCGGAACUUGCAGAUUACCUCUAGGCGGAUUUUCUGAGUUGAUGGGAAGUAAUGGGCCGCAGAAGUUCUGCAUUGAGAAAGUUGGGAAAGAAACAUGGCUGCCAAGAAGUCAUACGUGCUUCAAUCGCCUCGAUUUACCACCAUACAAAAGCUAUGAGCAGCUGAAAGAGAAGUUGCUUUUCGCCAUUGAAGAAACUGAAGGAUUUGGACAAGAAUGAAGAGCAGCUGUGUACGCGGAAUAAAGGAGUUAUUAUGGACAUCUGUUUUAUGCCCAGCCAAGUAAAAUUGCACACACUUAAUUGUAUAUAUGCUGUUUAGUCUGUACAGUGAUCUUUCUGAAACUAAUGCGUAGAAAUUUCUGUUCUUCCACAUAGAUAUGCAAAACACUUUAGCCUUUUCUAUUUUUAUUUAUUUUCCCUCCAAAUGACUGAAUAGAAGAAAAAAUGACUUUAAUUUUAAAUGCUGACUGAAAACUUUAUUUUAAGAUUUAUAUAUCUAUGUGUAUAUACUGAGAACUCUAGUUUUAUAGAGUUUGAUGUAUAUAAAACAGCCAUUUGAGGAGGCCUGGACUUGCUUUAUUCAAUCCACAAAGAGUGGUUUUUCUCAUGACAUCUCCUACCACAGAUGUCUAUUGCAUGGCUGCCAACAAAGCUGUUUGUAGGCUAAUGCCAAAAAAAACUAAAAAAAAAAAUUUCUUGAUUAAAAUAAACAAGAAAAUAAUAAAAAAAUAAAUAACUGCUGCUGGCUUUUCAACAUGGCGGAAUGUGCACAGUUCUGCCGAUUUCAUUUACUUCAGUGUGGUAGCUGAUAUCUCUGCGGAUGGUGCAAAUGUAGCCAAGGCCAAGAUUGGAGCCUCUAUUUGCCUAGUUAGGUUUGUUAUGAUUCUUAACCUUUAAUAUGAGGGUGUCACAGCGCUGUUGCUCUGCAGCGUUUUCGUGAUUUACACCCGACAUUGAAAGUGUUAGUGAUGGAACAAUCAGUGCAUUGCCACAGGUGAGCUUUACUUUAUAGGUACAAGACGGAGUAAAACUCGAUCUCUUGCGUGAAUAUCAGGAUUACAUUGCAAACUUAUCAAACAGAUGAUUAAUAAAAAAUUUUUAACCUCA